AUCGCCAACCCGUUCGAUGGUUCGACCCUUUUUUUACUUUUUUUAGUCGUGGAUUCAUUCCCCUUCCCCUGGCAUCAACUUUUCCCCCCCCAGCCUUGUCGCAUUCCCCUUCUGUAUUUGCCCGUCUUUCUUCCGCAAUAGACUGUUCACGUCAUCUAUUGACCGGCCCGUUGGUUCUUUCCACCCCUCGUCUUGUCCCUCUACUAGCUGCAUACCGCGCGAUGAGCCACGUUUGACUCCCAUUUCUAAGAAUCAUUCUGUGGAACAUUCCGGGGGUCCUUCGAAUCCAACAUGAGUAUAAUAUUCAGGAGGAUCCAAGCGAUCCAAGACUCGCUUUCCGACGACAUCCUGUUGCCCCUCAAGAGCUACAAAUACUCGAGUGUCGACAAAUCCUACAUCUCGAACUAUAUUCUAAGACACUACUGGAAUGCCUUCGUCGAAGUACUGCCGCUUUGGCUGGCCCCCAACAUGGUGACUCUGUUGGGGUUUCUGUUCAUUGUCGGCAAUGUGAUGCUCAUCGAAGUAUACAUGCCCGAUCUGGUCGGACCGGCUCCCUCCUGGCUAUACUAUAGUUUUGCGUUUGGCAUGUGGAUGUAUUCCACGCUGGACAAUGUCGAUGGAAAACAAGCGCGCAGAACAGGUACCUCCAGCGGGCUGGGAGAGCUUUUCGACCAUGGAAUCGAUUCUUUGAACUGCACUCUGGCUAGUCUUCUCGAGACCGCCGCCAUGGGUUUCGGUUCCUCCCAACUGGGAGCCUAUACUGCUCUUGUCCCGUGCCUCGCAAUGUACUUUUCGACCUGGGAAACCUACCAUACCCACACGCUCUAUCUGGGCUACUUCAAUGGUCCUACUGAAGGACUUCUGAUCGCGAUCGCAAUCAUGAUUGCCUCUGGCGUCUAUGGCCCUCAGAUCUGGUCCCGACCGAUCGUGGAGUUCUUGAACUACCCGCAGAUCUUCGGAAACAACUCUGUCAAGGACCUCUGGAUUCCCAUCCUCCUCUUGUCUUUCUUCCUUGGGCACCUGCCGGGUUGUGUCCUGAAUGUGGUUGCUGCUCGCAAAAAGCAGAAUCUGCCGAUCGCGCCCAUCUUCAAGGAAUGGAUCCCGAUGGUUGUCUUCACUGGUUGCAAUAUUGCUUGGCUUUUCUCUCCCUAUUCGACGCUUUUGUCCCAGAACCGACUGGUUCUAUACUGCUGGACUAUGUCGUUUGUCUUUGGGCGCAUGACCACCAAGAUCAUUCUCGCCCAUUUGCUGAAACAGCCAUUCCCCUAUUGGACGGUGUUGCAGGCGCCGCUCGUUGGCGGUGCUAUCCUAGCCAACCUUCCCCGCCUGGGAUUCCCCAUGGUCAGCUCCGGGCUCGAGCUUCUCUACCUGCGUGUCUACCUCUUCCUUGCCUUUGUUGCAUACAUGCACUGGGCAUUCCUCGUGAUCAACAGAAUCACCACUUUCUUGGGGAUCAACUGCUUGACCAUCCGUCGUGAUAAGUCGACAGCAAGAGACCGCGCCUAUCGUGAGUUUGGUGAGGUCCAGCCGAAUGUCCUCAGCCCUCUCGCGGACCCCAGCAAAGGGGGCAUCAAGGCCCAUUAAGCUCGAUGCCCCAGUAUAAUACGUGGUGCUCAUCGGAGCUGAACAGAACCACCUUACACACUGCUUGUGAUUUUCCAAUCUGUUGUCCAAUCAACCUCUCCCGGCAUCCGCUGCGGAGCCCACUCUGCGCGACUGGACUUGAGGACUACCUGAUGAUGUCAAGACCCGAGCUGUGACGUUGUUUUCCCCCUUGCCGGUUUUCUUGGCGACGUAUAUGUCUUCCUAUAUCUACGAUUUUAAUGUCUCCCUUGGAUUACGCCACCCGCACACAAGCUGAUGAACUUACGACUCGCGUGGAUGGAUGACGCGGACGAAUGAUCGCCGUCCAUGAUCAAGCUUUUUCGGUAUAUAUAGUUCGACGAUAGACAGUGUACUAGUACUUAAUGCAUGAUAGAGUUCCUG